AUGGCAACGAAAAGCAAGAUCCUGUUCAUUGGUGGGACAGGAUACAUAGGAAAAUUCAUGGUGGAAGCUAGUGCCAAGGCCGGCCAUCCUACAUCUGUACUUGUUAGAGAGUCCACUCUAUCUAACCCUGCUAAAUCCAAUGUCAUUGGCAACUACAAGAAUCUUGGAGUCAAUUUCCUCAUUCCUGGAGCUACAGCCCCUCCAAGAGAUAAAGUUAUCAUCUUAGGCGAUGGAAAUCCUAAAGCUGUUUUCAACAAAGAAGAUGACAUUGCUACCUAUACUAUCAAAGCAGUGGAUGACCCCAGAACCUUGAACAAAAUUCUCUACAUCAAACCCCCAGCCAACACCAUCUCAUUCAAUGAUCUUGUGUCCUUGUGGGAGAAGAAGAUUGGGAAAACCCUUGAAAGGAUCUAUGUUCCAGAGGAGCAACUUCUCAAAAAUAUCCAAGAAGCUCCGGUUCCAGUGAAUGUGAUUUUGGCAAUCAACCACUCAGCGUUCGUGAAGGGUGAUCACACCAACUUCGAGAUUGAACCAUCAUUUGGUGUAGAGGCUUCGGAGCUUUAUCCUGAUGUCAAAUAUACUACUGUGGAUGAAUACCUCAAUCAGCUCGAUCAAACUAUUGAGGUAUCCAAAUUCUAUCCAACUAAAGGAGAUAAAAUUGGUCAGGAAUCGAGGGAGCAAAGGCCUUUAUUUAUUAGUUUUAGUGUGAGGAAGGGCAUGAAUAUGAAAGACAUCAAGACAUUUAAUGGCAGAUGCGAAUUCGUUGACGGAUAUCGGGCAACAUUGAUUGGAGAAGGGGAAAGCAAAAAGGACCUUAUUAGAUUUACCGUAAUUGGUGGGGGCAAAGUAAGGAAGGAUGGUUUAGCUGUACUAAACGUGUUGAAAGAAUCUUAUAGUUUGGUCAACUUAUGUGCACCUGUUUUCAACAAGGAAGAUGACAUUGCCACUUAUACUAUCAGAGCAGUGGAUGAUCCAAGAACCUUGAACAAGAUUCUCUACAUUAAGCCCCGUGCGAACAUAAUUUCAUUCAAUGAUCUUGUGUCUUUGUGGGAGAAGAAGAUUGGGAAAACCCUUGAAAGGAUCUAUGUUCCGGAGGAAAAACUUCUGAAGAAUAUCGAAGAAGAUUCGGCUCCACUCGAUGUGGUUCUAUCAAUUGGUCACUCUGCAUUUGUGAAGGGAGCUCAAAUCAACUUUGAGAUUGAACCAAACCGCCGCUGA